GUUUAUACAAAAUGAUUUCAGGUUUCAUGACUACGACAGAUUUGACGCAAAAUCAAUUUUUCGAUUUUUGCCUAAUCUCACAACCCUCGACAUGACAAGGAAUAUUUACCAAAAGAUGACCAUAUUCUUCUUGAAAUGUUAUCACCGUUGAACAAUUUACAGAAAUUAACAUUGCAAAAGACAUCUUUGUCUACAUUGCCAGACGAUUUUUUCAAAGACAAACCCUUUCUUCAUACUUUAACAUUACAAGGAAAUAGCAUAAGUAGAUGGAAUUCAACUCUUUUCCAUAAUGUGACAUCUCUAAAAAUAUUUAACGUCAAUGGCAAUUCAAUAAACCUUAUCAAUGAAACUUCAUUUCCCGAAAGUAUGCUUGCAUCAUUGGAAAAAUUAGACUUAUCACUCAAUCCGUUUUGGUGUAUUUGCAACCAUAAAUGGUUUGUGGAUUAUCUACGUACUUCCAAAUUAUCAUCAAAACUGAAAAAUUGGCCGGGACAAUACCAAUGUUCUUUUCCAGAGAAACUCAAACGUGUUAAAUUAAUAGACUACAUGCCAACAGAAGAGACUUGCAGUGACUCAGAUCCUACUAACAUCAUCAUUGGAUCUGUUUUAUUCGGUGCCUUUCUGAUUAUUCUGAUAGUAGGGCUGUUUUUGAAAUGUCAAAACAAUAUUCGUAAUGCGGUAUACCUCUAUCACCUUCAUCGACGUCGCCAGCAUAGAUCUGUUCGCUCGGACUUACCGGAAACUUACGAAUUCGAUGUAUAUGUUGUUUACUGCGCGGAUGAUCGUAAAUGGGUCCAUGAGGUUCUUUUGAAACGCCUAGAAGAUGAAGGAUUGAAAGUCUGUAUUCAUUAUCGAGAUUUCGAGUUGGGCGAAGGUAUUGUUGAUAACAUUGAAAGGUUUAUGAAUAAAAGUUGGAAAAUUGUAGUCAUUAUGUCGAAUAACUUUGCUAAAAGUGAAUGGUGCCAGUGGGAAGUUAACCUUGUCCAAGAAAGAAGACGCCGUCGAGGGAAAAAUGCGAUGGUUCUGAUAAUGCUUAAGCAAAUCAAUUCAAAACAUAUGACAAGUGCUCUUCGUACAUUACUUUAUACAACGCCUUAUUUAUCGCAAACAAAAGGACUCGGAAAAAAAAUAUUCUGGACUGCUGUGAUCAGCGGUGUUAAAAAAUCGUAUGACGAUCCUCCCGUUGCAGUUUCGUACAUUGCAUAACUUCUGACAACUUAACUUUUAUGUACGAUUAUGAUUUUUUUUCUUC